AUGCAUGUGUUUCUUUUUAGAUUAAAAAGGGGAAAUCUAGAAUUCGCAAAAGUUCACAACUCAGCUAUCUUUCUUGAAACUCCGCCAGCAGCUCACAAAGAUCUAAAAUUCAUUGUUGAAGGUCUGAAGAAAUGUUAUCUGGUUCAUGAUUUAACAACCAGCUCGACAAUUUAUCAGAAUUUCAUCAAAGAUUUCUGGAGAAGUGCAGUCGUGAAGAAAGAUGACAAAGACAAAAAGUACCUUAAAGCCACUAUUCAAGGAAAGAAGAUUCAAGUUUCAGAAAGUAUUAUUCGAGAAUCACUUCAAAUUGAUGACAAAAGCAAUAUAUUCAAUCGAAAUUGA